GCCAUUGCCGCAACUAGUGUUAAACUGAACGGAUCGGUUGUGGAAAAUAAUGAAUUAACAAUUGAUGUGAAAUUGAGAACCAAUGGAAGUGUUGUGGGAACUGAUGACAAGAAUAUUGGGUUUGAAGGGAACCCAAAAAAUGGAUCUCAAAUCAAUGAACACAUUAAUUGUACGAUUCCUGCAAUCGUUAACUUUCCUUACAUUUCAUCCAAUUUCAGAAAAUCAUUAUUUAUGUCAUUUUUGGCACUAUUUAUAAUAACUUAUUUAUUUAUUGGAACCGCUCUUAUAUGUGAUGAAUAUUUUGUGCCAUCACUUGAAGUGAUUUGUGAUAAAUUCAAAUUAGAGUCAGAUAUCGCCGGAUCCACUUUUAUGGCGGCCGGAUCUUCAGCCCCAGAAUUGGCCACAACUCUGAUCGGAGUAUUUGUUGCCAAAGACGACAUCGGAGUUGGAGCUGUUGUUGGGUCCGCUGUCUUCAACAUAGCGUUUGUGAUAAGCAUUUGUGCCCUUUUUGCCGGUCGUGUCGUUCAUAUCAAUUGGUGGCCAAUAAUUCGCGACACUUUCUUCUAUUUAAUUAGUAUUUGUAUUCUCUUUAUUGCAAUGUUUGACGAAAAAAUAUCACUCAUUGAAUCCAUUGCUUUUCUGGCCGUUUAUUUCAUAUAUAUUUUGUUUAUGAAAUAUAAUAAACAAAUACGUGAUAAGUUUUGCCACACUUUUGCCAUUUCUACUACAAAUUGUGGCGAAUCUUCUGAUUUUGUCACUUAUAAGACAUUAGCAGAAAAUGAGACUUUGAAUGAAACGGUGAAUGCAUGUGAUGUCGAUUGCAUUGAUGUAAACACUCUUCAAUAUCAUACAAACCAAAGCUGCGAUCACUUACACGAAAGUCUAGAUAAGUGUCACCCAAAUGAAGGAUCACUGCCGCAGACAAAAGCCAAACAAAUUUGGCAGUCAUUCAUAUCUCCAUUAAAUCUAAUUCAUUGGUUAACUCUUCCCAAUUGCAGGAAUGAAAAGUUUAAAAAUUUGUUCGCCUUGACUUUUGUUGUAUCAUGCAUUUGGAUAUCAAUUUAUACCUAUAUUAUUGUUUGGAUGAUUACAAUAAUCGGAUUCAAUUUGCAAAUCCCUGACACAGUUAUGGGUUUAGUUUUUAUCGCUUUCGGCGCCAGUAUUCCCGACGCUAUCGCCAGCCUUAUUGUUGUUCGGCAGGGAUUGGUUGACAUGGCUUUGACUAAUGCUAUCGCCAGUAAUGUAUUCGAUAUAUUGGUUUGUUUAGGUCUUCCAUGGUUUUUAAAGACUGCCAUAAUUGACCCUGGUUCACAUGUUGACGUCAUUAGCAGGGGUCUCGAGUACUCGACAGUAUCCCUUCUGGCGACUGUCAUCUUCUUUCUAGUGAUCACUCAUUUGAAUGGAUGGAAACUAAGUGUAAAGUAUGGCAUUAUAUUAAUGAUUUGGUACAUUGUCUUUAUUUCAAUGGCCAGUCUCUAUGAACUUAAUGUCUUUGGAUCCCUAAACCCUGUCGUUUGUUUCACUGACUUCUGAUUGCAUUACAUUUAUAAUAAUAAAAACAAUUAAGAUGUUAAUGAGUUUAUAUUAAUUGUUUUG